AUGGUGAAAAGCCAUCGACUGACCACCCCACACCCCACGCCACUCCCACCCCACGCCAAUCCCACCCCACACCCCACGCCAAUCCCACCCCACACCCCACGCCACUCCCACCCCACGCCAAUCCCACCCCACACCCCACGCCAAACCCACCCCACACCCCAUGCCAAUCCUACCCCACACCCCACGCCAAUCCCACCCCACACCCCACGCCAAUCCCACCCCACACCCCAUGCCACUCCCACCCCACACCCCACGCCAAUCCCACCCCACACCCCACGCCACUCCCACCCCACACCCCAUGCCAAUCCCACCCCACGCCACUCCCACCCCACACCCCACGCCACUCCCACCCCACACCCCACGCCAAUCCCACCCCACACCCCACGCCACUCCCACCCCACACCCCACGCAAAUCCCACCCCACACCCCACGCCACUCCCACCCCACGCCAAUCCCACCCCACACCCCACGCCACUCCCACCCCACGCCACUCCCACCCCACACCCCACGCCACUCCCACCCCACACCCCACGCCAAUCCCACCCCACUCCCCAAGCCACUCCCACCCCACACCCCACGCUAAUCCCACCCCACACCCCACGCCACUCCCACCCCACACCCCACGCAAAUCCCACCCCACACCCCACGCCACUCCCACCCCACUCCCCAAGCCACUCCCACCCCACACCCCACGCCAAUCCCACCCCACACCCCACGCCAAUGUAA